AUGGGAGGAAAAUAACCUGUACCAGAACCACCAUAACCAAAGAAAACUGUAAAAGAAAUGGUCAAAGAAUUUUCGAAAACUAUAAAUAGAUUAAAAAGAGAUUUCUAAAGAGAACUAAUGAAGCUUGAGUUUAACCAAAAAAAAAUAACUAAUGAUAUUAAAGCAAUGAUAAAAAAAAAAGAACCUAGAUCAACUAUAAGAAUUAUAGUUUAAUAACAAAUAAAAAAUAAUGCUAUGAUAAAUAAAUACAAAAGAUUGGAUGCACAAUUAUCAGAUGUUCUUUUCCAGUUAAAUUCUGCUGCUACAUCAGAAACAUUAUGUACUAUAAUGAAAGGAAUGGGAGAUAUAAUGAAAGCAGGAAAUAGUGCAAUUGAUAUAAAAAAUAUUUAGAUGGCAAUAGAGACAUUUGCUGUUGAAAGUGAAAAACAAAAUGUAUUAUAAGAACAAAUGUCUGAUAUAAUGAAUUAAGAUGAAGAAGAAAUGGGUGAUGAAUAAUGCGAUAAACUAAUUGACGAAAUGGAAAAAUAAGUAGGAGGAGGAGGACAAGGAGGAAAUAAUUAAAUUAUUGGACAAGCUAAUGAAGAAGAAGAUUUUGAAAAAAGAUUAGAAGCAUUAAAAUGA